AGAACCCUUGGUCACACUUAAUUUUGUUACAGGUUUUUUAACGAACCAAAAUAUUAAAUAAAAAGUCAAAAGAGUUUUUGUGUUGAUUCGCUAAAAAAAAAAGCAUACAAAAUGCACUUGACGCUAAUCAACAUGUUUAAGAAGACCGUGCCGGGUCACAUAUUUCGGGGCAAGCGGCGCCUAGUAAAGCCGGUGAGCCAACGCGCAAUGGACACCCUGACCCGCGAGUACGAGCGCCAGGAGCAAGUGAUGCUGCUCCUCCGACACCCUUAUCUUACCCUGGAACAAUCAUCUGGACACGCCAAGGAGUUGCAAAAGCGCGAGAAGCUGGUGGCCAAGUGGACUGAUGAGCAGACGCUCAGGAAGAUGAAGCCGCACGUGACCAUUGAGGAGCGACUGAAUCAGUUGAAGAUCAAGGAGGCCUGGGACUAGUUACUAGCCCACUCCAUCUAUUAAAGCUGCGUUACUUUUACAAUAAAUAUAUGUAGAUUUUAUGGAAA